GGAAAGAAAGUUUGCUCUGGUUGAAAUUUUUAAAAAUUGAAAACCUCCUUGCCUUGCCCCACGCCAAACCAGCACUUUCCAUAUAUUCUGCGCCCCAAGACCCCCCAGACCUAAAUCCUCCUCCUCAACACAAUCUCCAUCCUCAAAAAUGGCGGAAGAAGUUUAUGAUGGUGCCAUUGGCAUCGAUUUGGGCACAACCUACUCUUGCGUCGCCACGUACGAAGGCAACAAUGUCGAGAUCAUUGCCAACGAGCAGGGUAGUUUCACUACCCCCUCGUUCGUCUCUUUCACCGACAAUGAGCGGUUGAUUGGUGAGGCCGCAAAGAACUUGGCCGCCAUGAACCCCGUGAACACCGUCUUCGAUGUGAAGCGGCUCAUCGGUCGGCGGACUGAUGAUCCUUCCGUCAAGAAGGACAUGGAAUCGUGGCCAUUCAAGGUCGUCGAUGAUGGCAAUGGCAACCCGAAGGUCCAGGUUGAGUACCUGGGCAGCACCCACACGUUCUCUCCCCAGGAGAUCUCCGCCAUGGUCUUGACCAAGAUGAAGGAGAUUGCCGAAGUUAAGCUCGGCAAGAAGGUUGAGAAGGCGGUCAUCACCGUCCCUGCCUACUUCAACGACAACCAGCGUCAGGCUACCAAGGAUGCCGGUGCCAUUUCUGGCCUCAACAUCCUUCGUAUCAUCAACGAGCCCACUGCUGCUGCCAUCGCCUACGGCCUUGGCGCAAACAAGUCCAACAAGGAGCGAAAUGUCCUGAUCUAUGAUCUCGGCGGUGGCACUUUCGAUGUGUCUCUCCUUAACAUCCAGGGUGGUGUCUUCACUGUCAAGGCCACCGCUGGUGACACCCAUCUCGGUGGUCAGGACUUCGACACCAACCUUCUGGACCACUGCAAGAAGGAGUUCUCCCGCAAGACCAAGAAGGAUCUCUCUGGCGAUCCUCGUGCUCUCCGCAGACUCCGGACGGCUUGCGAGCGCGCCAAGCGUACUCUGUCGAGCGGUGCUCAGACCACUAUUGAGAUCGACUCGCUCUUUGAUGGCGAGGAUUUCAACAUGCAGAUCACUCGGGCCCGCUUCGAGGACCUGAACGCCAAGGCCUUCGGCGGUACCCUUGAGCCUGUUGCGCAGGUUCUCAAGGAUGCCAACAUUGAGAAGUCGGGAGUUGACGAGAUCGUCCUCGUCGGUGGCUCUACCCGUAUCCCCCGUAUCCAGAAGCUCCUCAGCGAGUUCUUCGAUGGGAAGAAGCUCGAGAAGAGCAUCAACCCCGACGAGGCUGUCGCCUACGGUGCUGCCGUCCAGGCUGGUAUCCUUUCCGGCAAGGCUACUUCCGCUGAUACCGCCGACCUGCUCCUGUUGGACGUCGUUCCCCUUUCUCUCGGUGUGGCCAUGGAGGGUAACAUCUUCGCCCCCGUCGUGGCUCGUGGCCAGACUGUCCCUACCAUCAAGAAGAGGACUUUCACGACUGUGGCCGAUAACCAGCAGACUGUCCAGUUCCCCGUUUUCCAGGGUGAGCGUGUCAACUGCGACGACAACACCUCUCUCGGCGAGUUCACUCUCGCUCCCAUCCCUCCCAUGAAGGCUGGCGAGCCCGUUCUCGAGGUCGUGUUCGAGGUCGAUGUCAACGGUAUUCUCAAGGUUACCGCCACAGAGAAGACGUCUGGCCGUAGCGCCAACAUCACCAUCUCCAACUCGGUCGGCAAGCUCUCGACCAGCGAGAUUGAGAACAUGAUCAGCGAAGCCGAGAAGUUCAAGACCAACGAUGAGGCCUUCAGCAAGCGUUUCGAGGCCAAGCAGCAGCUCGAGUCAUACAUCUCGCGCGUUGAGGAGAUCAUCUCUGACCCCAGCCUGUCGCUCAAGCUCAAGCGUGGCCAGAAGGAGAAGAUUGAGCAGUCGCUCAGCGAGGCUAUGGGCCAGCUGGAGAUUGAGGACUCUGGAGCCGAUGACCUGAAGAAGAAGGAGCUUGCGCUUAAGAGGCUGGUGACCAAGGCCAUGUCCUCGCGAUAAAUCCUCGGGGCUGGACUCUGGUUCUCGACCCUCUGAGCGUGGCGGCAUUCCGGCGAGGGGUUUGAAGACAUACAAAUAUUGUCACUUCGGGUUCUGAUGGAAGGCGUCUUCGUCUCAUUUCUAAGGAGGGGUAAAAGUUAAAGAGGCAUUCCUAGUCUGCUUUUUGGUUCUGUGGGGUUCCCCAAUCCUUUCAUGAUGGGAGAUUGAAGGGGGGUCUUACAGAUUGAACAGUCCACCUCACCAUCCAUCCCCUUCCCUUAUCACCACCACCACCUCUAUUACGGCCCUCGGUUUCCCUUGGUGUAAUGCAUGUAGAAUAGCGAGGGUGUUAGCCUAAAGAAAAGAUGGAUGGUACAUGAUUCUAAAA